CUUGCGGUAAAAGCUCACAAGUUUAACUAUCCUUGAAAAGCAAAGGUGCACAAUCAUGCAGUCUUUGACCAUGUAUCAAGAUCAUAUUGUGAGUGAGCAGUCACUUUUUUUUUUUUUUUUCUUGGUGCCUUUUAAGAGAAGUUGGAGCCAGCUGUUUCGCGAACCAGACACUUUAUUGAACAUACAUAUAAAAAAAAAAUGCCACCUAAACAAAAGAAAGUGAAUAAUGAGAAUGAAGAGGCAGAAGAGCCUUUCCAAGCUGUUAUCUUGACUGACUCAUUUGAAGAUCAAUUUCUUCCUAUUUCUCAUGAAUUACCCAGAUGUCUUAUGCCUCUUUGUAACAUUCCCUUGAUUGAAUAUACAUUAGAAUUAUUGGCAACUGUUGAUAUUUUUGAAGUUUUGAUUGUUUGUACAACUCACAUUGAUGCCAUUAAGAGUUACUUUGAAAAUUCGGAUUGGAUGAAGCCUACCUCUAGACUUUCAGUAAAAAUUGUACCUACACCCGAGUGCAUGUCUGUGGGUGACGCUAUUCGUGAACUGGACGCUCGUCAAUUGAUUUCAAGCGACUUUAUUUUAACCUCUGGUGAAUUAAUUUCAAACAUCAAAUUGGACAAGGUGCUUGAAGAACAUCGUGCACGCAAGAAGACCGACAAGAAUUCGAUCAUGACUAUGGUUCUCAAGGAGGCUUCUCGUACUCAUACUGCCAGAGCAAAGGAUGCCAAUAGUGUGUUUGUAAUGGAUCCCAUCACCCAACAAUGUGUGUAUUACGAAUCUGUUGUUUCGCUACCCCGCAAGCAUCGUAUGGAGAUUUCACCCGAAAUUUUUGAAAAUAGACCUCAAAUUGAAUUCCGUAACGACCUCGUCGAUCCCUACCUUGACAUUUGUUCUGUCGAAGUUCCAGCACUUUUCACCGAGAAUUUCGAUUGGCAGCGUUUGCGUGCAGAUUUCGUGCACGGUAUCUUGACCUCGGAUAUUUUGGGUAAAACCAUCUACACCAAGCUUGUAGCUGAGCCAUAUGUAGCUCGUGUUCAAAACGAGCAACUCUAUAGUACCAUCAGUAACCACAUGUUGAACCGUUGGGCUUUCCCCAUCGUACCCGAGACCAACUUGAAAUCUGGCGACGAUUACGAAUUCACCAGAGGAAACAUUUAUAAAUCCAUGAACGUUGUCCUUUCAAGGUCUUGUAUCAUUGAUGAAAAUGUUCAAAUUGGAUCAAACACCGUGAUUGGUGAAAAUACACGUAUCGGUAACUCCAUUAUCGGUAACAAUUGUACCAUCGGUGAUAAUGUCGUAUUGGAGGGAGCUUUCCUUUGGGAUAAUGUCACCAUUUCUGACAAUUGUACUGUCAAAAAGAGUAUCAUUGCUCAUCAUGCCAACAUCUUGGAAAAUACCAAGAUUGCUCAAGGCUGUUUGAUCUCUCUCAAUGUGACAAUUGGUCCUAAUGCUACUAUUCCUAAAUACUCUAGAUUAAGUCUCUUACCUCAACCCAAGAAUAGCACAUUCGAUGAAAGCAGUGACGAGGAAGAUGAUGAAGAGGAGCGUCAACACGUACUCACAGGAGAUCAUGAACCUGUUUACUCUUGGACAAUUCGCUCUGAUGAUGAUGAAGUUGAUGUUCGUAAUAUAAAGUUGGGAUCAUUAUCUUUCGAUAUGGCUGAUCUUGUUCUCGAUGAUGGAGAUGUUACAGACAGUGCUAGUGAAGUAGGAGAAUCAGAUAGUGAUGAUGAUGAUAUUGGAUCAAUCAAUGGAUCAUGGGCACUUGAAACUAGCAUGGCUAAAAAGACGGACGAAUUUAAAAAGGAAAUUUCUCAAACGAUUGAAAGAUCUAUUGAUGAGAACCAUACGGUUUACACAGCUGCAUUAGAAGUCACUGGUUUACGUAUGUCCAGUAAUGGAUCUUAUACAGAUAUUAGAGAGGUGAUGAUCCCCAUCAUCUUUGAUCAUAUUGAUCGUAAUAACUCUAUCUCCAGCAUGAAGACAGUUUUGACAAAAUGGGCCCCUUUGAUCGGAAAGAUGACCCAUUCCGCAGAGGAUCAAUUACAUGUGUUACAAUUGCUUCAAAAGCAUUCUGCCGCACACGAACAUUUAAGCAAGAUUUUCUCGGGUGCUUUACAAUUACUUUAUAAUACCGACGUGCUUGAAGAAGACGCUAUCCAGAAAUGGUUCUCUUCCGAUCUUUCCAAGGCUAACGCUGCCGAAUUAAAGGUGAGAGAGAAGGCUGCCAAAUUUAUUGAAUGGUUACAGGAAGCUGAGGAAGAAUCCGAAGAAGACUCUGAUGAGAGUGAUGAAGAAUAAAAAAAACAGGUUACCUAAUUGUGACCAUUUUACAAAAUUAAGCCACCACGUCUAUUUUUUUUUUUAAUAUGGAAGGUACAGCGUUUUUUUUUUCUUCUUCUUUCACA